GUAUCCGUAUAAUUGUCAAUAUCGAUAACGGCGAAACUGCAUUAUUUCUAUAAAAAAUUAAUUGUUUUACAAACAAGCGAAUUUUUCUUAGUAAAUUAGCUAAGUGCGAUCUCAUCUCGAUAAGUUAUACAGCUCGUAUCAAAUUACGUGCCUGCCAAUAUGGAAAAAAACAAUUAUCCUCCACCUUACGGUUGGAAUGGCAACUCGCCUCAGGUUCCUCCGUCCGCUCCGCCUAGUUAUUCCCAGGCUGUUGGUGGUGUGGGGCCGUCGAGCCCCUAUACGCCUCAAUACCAUCCCUCUUCAGGGCCUACAAUAGUGACUACAGUGGUUCCAGUAGGGCCUCAACCUACACAUAUGAUUUGCCCGAGUUGUCACUCUGAGAUAAACACUGAUACACAGACAAAGCCAGGAAUCAUUGCUUAUAUAUCUGGAGCUGUCAUUUUUAUGCUAGGAGGCUUUUUGGGCUGCUGCUUGAUACCAUGCUGCAUAGAUAGCUGCAUGGAUGUGCACCACACCUGCCCGCAUUGCGAUGCAUACCUUGGCCGCUACAGGCGAUAAGUUUUAAGUAUUUAUUUUUAUUAGAAACUAAGUAAUGAAACGAAUCUGACACAAGUAACAUUAAUUUGAUGUCUCAUAACUUCAACUUUCUAUACUGUCAACUUUAACUGCCUUCAGAUAAUUAAACCAAUAUUUAAACCCUUAAAACAUCACAACAGGUAACAUCUGUCUAAUACCAGUGAAUGUUUAGUUAAGAUAAAAUAAUUGUAAUAAGAUCUGUGUACAUUUAGUAUUUUUGUUGAUACAUAAUUAUAUACUAAUUAAUUACGUGUGCUAGUCUAUUUAAUCCAAGCUGUUUUAUAAAUAUUUAAUUCAUAGCUAUACAGUUUAAGGAGACAUUUUAGAACUUUUAUUAUAUUAUGUAUUUACAUUAAAUUAUACAAAAAUAUGAUUCUUGUUAAGUAUACUUAAUACUAAAGAUUAUGAUUUGAUCUCUGUUUUUGGAUGACCAAAUCGGCUGAGUGCCAUAGCUUCUGGACUGGGAAUCUCUUAUAUAUUGAAAAGAGUUGUUGUGGUUCAUUUCAAAUAUAAAUAUUACACGUUUCUUGUUAAAAAUUGAAUUAUCUUCAGUAUAUGCCUAAUAUCAUUUUUUGUUUGGGUACAAGGUUUAUUAUUAGUGAAGCAUUAGCAAACUACAAGUCCUUUUUAAUUAAUCAACUAACUCAAUAUUCUGCAUAUACUGUAGCUGGUUCAGAACAUUUUUUUUAUUUGAUUUUCGAUAGAGUAUAUAUUACUCCAUAAAAUUAUUUUGUCAUAUUAGUUCACAAGUGCAUCUGGUUUUAACACUUUCACUAUAAGAGAGCCAUGGAAAAUUUUGUGAAACUUGAGAGAAAUUACUAUAUUGCUUGCUCAAGUAAAGAAUCUGACUGACAAUUGAAUUGUGUGAAUAAAAAUAUUGAAAUACUAGCAGAAGCCACGAGGUUUCAUCAGAGUUGUUCCUGUUCUUGUAAGAAUAAAGGGAUUAAAUAUAGCCUAUACCAACUGGGGAUGUAGCAUUCCAACAGUGAAAGAUUUUUUUUCAAAAUAGUUCAGUAGUUUCAGAGUCUAUUUAUUGCGAACAAACUAUCAAUCAAAUCUUUCUUCUUUAUAAUAUUAGUAUAGAUAAAAACUAGAAAAUCAAUGUAUCUCGUCCUUUAUAGUAUAUAAUAUUAUAAUAUUAAUGAUUUGGAUUAUAAACGUCAGUCAGACAUCCUAAGACCACUUGCAUAGAUAGUGAAUGUGUUAAAAAUAUAUAUAAUGGAAACUUAUGUAAUUCAAUGCUGCUUGUAUGAUAAAUAAUUUAAAUAGAAAGUUUCAAUAUUCAAAUAAUAUACAUAUUUCAACAUAUUUAGUGUAAAAGUACAAAUAUUUUAAGUUAUUAUUGGUGUGCAUUGGCAUUAAAAAGACUAUUGUCUCAUUUUGCAUUAACUAAAAUCCGUCUUAAUAUAGGUUGUCUAUUUUUAAUUAUUUUAACAAUUUUUUUUUUUUUUUUUUUAUAAUUCAUUACUAUUGUGCAAUCAGCUGCAACAGCUUUAAGCAAAUUGCUUGUGGGUACUACAUGGCAUGUGUAGCUGACCUUCCAUUGAAGGCCAUGCUAAUUUAUUUUAUUUGUUAAUUUUUUGUAUUUCAUUUGUACAUUUGUACAUUCUUAUUAUUUUGAUUUUUUUUUUUUUUUUUUUACAGGAGAUCCCAUAUGUAGGCGCGCUUUAGCCUUCUAACAUCUAUUGGAUGACUGAGGGCAGUAGCAAGUUUAUUUUCAUGGGUGUUUAUGCGAUUUUUAUAGCACAUUGAUCUGAGUUCAACCUCUUCUUUUACUGUUUU